GCUGGCUGCUGGCUGCCGUCGUUUCCCACCAAUUGACAGUUGCGAAAAGUGACAGUGCAGUCGUCUCACAGUAAAAUUGUGCGUGUUUACAUCGCGCGUUUCGACGAGUUUGGUGGACGACGCAGCAGCCCGGGUGUCGCGGCGCCGUGACAUGUGGAGGAAGACCUAAUCAGUGGACAGCUCGCUUCCUCGGCCGCCAAAAUGCCCGCGCUGAUCGACAUCAACGAGUUCGUCGACGAAACGCGCGACGACUACAACUCGCCGACGACGUCGACGUUCGUCUCGCGGAUGCCGCAGUGUCGGCAGACGAUUAAUGCGUUGGAGGAGACUCUGGACUUUGAUAGGGAUGGGCUGACCAAGACGAAGAAGGCGGUAAAGGCGAUCUACAACAGCGGCAAUUCUCACGUGGACAACGAGAUGUACCUGUCGAGGGCGCUGGACAAAAUGGGCAACACGUCACUGACUGAGCCUGAUAUAAGCGCCGCAUUUAUAAAAUUCUCAGUUGUUACCAAGGAGUUGUCUAUUCUAAUGAAAACGCUGAUGAAAAAUCUGAACAACAUUGUGAUGUUCCCACUGGAUACGGUGCUGAAGGGCGAGCUGAAAGGCGUCAAAGGCGACUUGAAGCGGCCCUUUGAUAGAGCUUGCAAGGAUUACGAGACCAAGUACAACAAAAUCGAGAAGGAAAAGAAGCAGCAGGCCAAGGAGGCCGGACUCUUCCGUACGGAGGUCACACCAGCUGAAGUGGCGGAGGAGCUGGAAAAGGAGCGCAAACUCUUUCAACUACAGAUGUGUGAAUACUUAAUCAAAGUGAACGAAAUCAAAACCAAGAAGGGAAUCGAGCUUCUUCAGCACCUAGUUGAAUAUUACCACGCACAAACUAAAUACUUCCAAGAUGGCUUGGAAACCCUGCAACACUUUGGCGGCUACAUUCAGGUUCUGUCAGUGGAGCUGCAAAAGAUCCGGCAAAAACAGGACGAAGAGCGGCGCAGACUGAUUGAACUGAGGAAUCUGCUGAGGAGCGCGCCUGGCAUAGAAAAAGACUAUUUGUCAACAACGGGCGCCUCAUGCACUGGAUACUCCCUGCACCAGCUGCAGGGCGACAAGCAGCACGGUCUGUCCAGGGUGGGCCACUUGCUGAAGAAGUCCGAGGGCAAGGUGCGUAAGGUGUGGCAGAAGCGGCGCUGCCAAGUACAGGACGGCUUUCUCGACAUUUGCCAUGGUGAUGAGAGCAAAGCGCCCACCAGGAUCAACCUGCUUACCUGUCAGAUUAAGCUUGUUGCUGAAGACAAACGCUGCUUCGAUCUCAUAUCGUACAAUCGAACGUAUCACUUUCAAGCUGAGGAUGAGGUGGAUCAGCGGGCGUGGAUGUCUGUGCUAGUGAACAGUAAGGAAGGUGCUCUGAUGAAGGCGUUUGAUGACAGCGGCCGCUCUGGCAAUAAGAUCAACCCAAGCUUGCUUGAGCUGCAGCAAGCCAUCAUCCGCUAUGUACAGAGGCUGCCUGGCAACGACAGGUGCUGCGACUGCAACUCGCAAAAUGAUGCCACUUGGCUGUCAACAAACUUUGGAAUCAUCAUCUGCAUCGAGUGCUCAGGCAUCCACCGCGACCUAGGCGUGCACAUAUCGCGAAUACAGUCGUUGACCCUGGACAAUGUGGGCACGUCGCAGCUGCUGCUGGCAAGGCACAUGACCAACGCCGCUUUCAAUGACGUUAUGGAGGCCACUCUUCGGGGAAGCAAGCCCACGCCCUCUAGUUCCAUGGAGGAACGGAACGAGUUCAUCCGCGCAAAGUACGUGGAGCGAAAGUUUGCGCUUCACACUUGCUCAGACGCAUCUGAAAUCCUUAGCGAGCUGGAAAACGCACUUGAUAAUAGACAGUUGCACCACUUGCUGCAGGUUUUUGCUGAAGGCGCUGACUUUACUGCCCCUCUGGCCUCGAGCGAGAGUGGUGAGAGUGCACUGCACUGGGCCGUAGCCAAGGAACUGGGCAACACGCUGCAUGUUGUCGACUUUGUGGUGCAAAACUCUGAGUCUCUCAACCGAACCACUUAUGAGGGAAACACUGCCCUUCAUUAUUGCGCCCUCAACGGCCGGCCCGAAUGCAUGAAGCUGCUGCUGAGGAGCGGUGCAGAUCCGCAGCUCCGUAACCAGGAAAAUAAAACGCCCCUGGAGAUCGCCCACGAACGGGGAAACGCCAGCUGCGAGGAACUGCUAAACCACGCACUGCAGCGACAGAAGGUGUUAUUUGACAACGUCAACUUUGACUGGAACCUGCAACAUGACGAGGCGUCGACUGACUUCUCCGAUGAUGAGACUAUCAUUGAAGACAGGAAUGGAGCGAUUACUCCAGACAAGAAGAGGUCUCGGCCGCCGAGUUUCGCAGGUGGCGGCAACCCCGACGAGCCCGAGUCCCCCCUGUCAAGCACGCAGUCUCGAUCCUCCACCCUGGAUAGUUUGCACUCUAGUUGCAGCCCGAGCAAUGCCACCUCCACGCUCAGACAAAUGCCUCCACCACCUCCUCCCCAAAGUAGAAAGCCCAAUCUUAACAGCAGCAAGCUUGAAACGACUGAUGGAGUUACGUUUGCAGUCUCAUCAGUCAACAUGCACGGAUCUCUGAAGAAGCGGGCGGCGCCAAUGCCGCCAGUCGCGCACAAUCUCUAUGGGACACUGCCGAGCAGCCACAGCCGGACUCCGUCAGACCCUAUUAUGCCCCUCUCAGCUAGCACUGGCGGCUUCAAUCACAAGCGCUCGCCAUCAAGCGACUCAGGCACCAUUCUCACCAGUCACACCUCCCUCCAGGCCAACAGGGGCUCCAUGCCGUCCGGCAUCCAUCUAGUGGGGGCCAAAUUAGUGUUACCGAUGGGUGAGAUGCCUCAGCUAAAGAGCACAGGCGGGGGUAAGGGGGGCGGACUGCAGCGGCCGCAGAACCCGCCCCCGCCAACGCCAACCACGCCGAACCAGAGACUGUCCAACGGCCGCUCGAGCGAGAGCAUCGACUCGGAUGGGGUCGGCGCCGACCCUGCGGCGCCAAACAACCCGGUGCCGCCGCCGCGAAGGCAGCGUAAAGAUCGGCCGAACCUCGAGGGCCAUGCUGGACAGGGUGGACCGUCUUCGCCGUAUUUCUUCUGCCCGUUACAGCAGCGCGGCGACGGUCCGGGCGUGCGUCGCUGCCGUGCACUCUACAGCUGUGAUCAGGACCAGCCGGACGAGCUGUCUUUCGAGGAGGGCGAGGUCAUCGUCAUCACGAAGGAAGAAACUGAAGAGGAGUCGUGGAUGGAGGGCUUCAUUGAGGGUGAACCUACGCGCAAGGGCCUCUUCCCUGUCGUCUUUGUCAAGUUCAUCGAGUAACCCCAACCCCUGCCGUAACCAACCCUUCCCUCUCCUUUCCUUGUAGGCGUUUAGUGCUUUUUUAACUAUAGUUGACACGUUCUCAUACUGUAAAUUUCCCCUCCAACUCUGCGUUAAGUAGGAAAUAUUGUUUUUUCCUUACUGUAGAGUCUGCCGAACCUGCGAAGGACUCAACUUGGUUCUCACGCACAUAUUUAUAUACAAUAUAUUACCAUUUUAAUACUCACCUACUGUUAAGGAGCUUCACUGUGAUGCUGGUAACCGAUAUCAUUAGGUCGCUGACCCCGCGGCAUUCGUGCGCUCUUUUAAAAAGAUUUGAUGCUUUUAAGAUCUUUUCGUUCAUUUUUCCUGCGUCUAUUCUAUAUUAUGGGUGUCAAAAGAUAUUUCAAUGCUGGUUUUAUCGUGAAUUUUAGGGUUCCAACUAAGGUGUUUCUUCGUCAGUUUCAUUAAUUCAAACUUAACUGCCAAGAAGAAACAAAAUCACUUAUUCUCUUCUUACACCUGGGAUUUUUAUUUCAUUCUUAGAUCAGUUGAUGUUCUUAUACUUUUCGUAAAGGAGACGACUUAAAAAUCAUGUUUUAACUUUACAAUCAAUUUGUCCCUGCAGAAUUGGGGCUCGCACGAAUGUGACGAGGGUAAGUGUCAGUUUGAAAAAGUAUUUUGCCGCGGCUCCUGCCUCUCCUCGGGCCCUAGAUAUAAAACUAGAUAUAAUUAUAUUACAAAUAAUUAAAAGCGCGCGCGAUUACGAUAGUUAUUAAUAAAACGCGCCGCAAGAUGCCAAAACAUUAAUUGUGCUUACUAGUCUUGCUGUAAUCGAUGCAAAAUAUUGAUCGAUCAACUUGUUGUGAGAGGUGAAUGUGUACGCUGUGUUGAGUUCGUCCGAACUCUGAGCUUUUUACCUGUCGUCCUAUAAUGUAUGUUUCCAAUUGUUUUUUAACCGGAAUGCAACAAGUGGCAAGCAAGAGUGGAACGGAUAAAUCUAAACAACAAACGCCAUUAUUUGCUUUGAGGAUGUUUCGAGUACAACUCGUAGGAUGUAACUUUUUUGUUUCUUUUUGACACCAAAGAUUAUCAUUUAUUUGCCACCAAUUCCGCAGUUUCGAAUCAUCAUGUAUUUACACAUACUUCUGAUCUAAUAAUGUACUCAUUUGUGCUGUAAUAAAAUGUAAAGCAAUGUAGAUUCCUAGAA